AAUGAGUACAGUUCAAAUGAAAUAACACAUAAACUUCUUAAGAAAAGCUGUUGGUGAAAUAAAGGAUAGCACUUAAGAAAGAAUAACUUAAAUAUCUACAGAAGUUUAAUUUAAUUCUCAAGAUAAUAAAGAAUUUAAUGAUUUAAUCAAUGAAAUUAAAUAAGACACUUUAAGAAAAUUGCAUGCAUUUUAUGAAUUAAAAGUUAAUAAUAAGACAAAUGUAUAUUAAUAAGAAUUAUCUAAUUGUUCAAAUAAUUAUUCAGAAUUAUAAUAAUAAGUGUUAGAACACUAAGAAAUAGUAAAAGAAAAAAUAAAUUAGAAUUUAUAAAAGGUAUUAUAUAUAUUGAAAUUAGAGAGAAUAAUAUGAUAAAUUGGCAAUUAGAAUGGUUCUCAAUUAUGAAAGACUAAAAUUAUACAAAAAAUAUUAUAAAUCACUUAAAUAGUAUGCAACAAGAAAGAGAAAUAGUAGAUAAGCAAAAUUUAAUGCAUAUUAAAAAUAUUAGUUAGGAUUAUAAACUAAAGUAUUUUAUUAUUGGAGAAGUACAUGUCAUAAAACUGGAUAUUAAACUAUGCUUAUUAAUUAGUCUGCCAAAGAAAUUAAAAAUAUUCAAUCAUGUAAAUAAUUUAAAAAUUAAUGUAGAAUUUAUUGAUAUUGUUAAAAUUUUAAAAGCUAAAAUAGCUGAAACUGAAGAAUAAAUUUAAAUUAAAAAAAAUGCUAAAGCAGAGUUUUCAUAUAAUUUGAGUAGAAAUCUUCUUAAAACCAUUAGCAAUUUAUCUAUGGAAGUUAUGUCUCUUCAUUAAGUUACUAUAAAAGGUAAAAAAUGUAAAUAAAAUAUUAGAUAAUUAGAUUAAUAAUGAUGAAAAUACUAAAUUUUUAAAGGAAGUUAAUGGUUUGAUUUAAUCAAAAUUAAAUAGUAUUUAAUAAUUUAAAGAAAAACUAAAAUCAGCUGAAGAACCAGCAUCAUCAGAGACUCUUAAGAAGAAUAAACAAUCCAUUUAAUUUGAUCUUUAAAAUUAGUCAAGAAAAUGA